AUGAUGGUGAAGGCAAGCACAAACACAAGCACAGAGUGGCCGAGGAAGGGGCUUUUUGUUAUUACAGCGGCGGUAGUUCAGUCAGUUGAGGAGGCCAGGCUCGGUAUUGGGUACAGAAGCAGUGAAUGGGGUGUGGCUAGGGUAUUGGAUUCAAUGAACAUCAGCGCUCGGACGUUCCCGCAUCGGUGCCUCUGCUGGCCGCCUUGCCGGCAUGGGCGCUGGCCAGGGUUGGCCAUGUUGGCAUGGAGAAGAUGCGCCAUAUCCUACAUAGUAGUCGCAGGCAGCUUGGGAGGAGCACCCAACUACGCUGCACCACGCUGCACCACGCACUGCACCGCUGCACCGCACCGCACCUCGCCCUCGCCUCGACCCAAGCGCUCCAGCACGCCGGUGAAGCUUGCAUUGCAGUCUCUGUCUGCCCUGGCCGCCCUCUGUUGCUGCUGCUGCUGCUGCUGCUGCCGCUGCUGCCGCACCGUCAACGCUCGUGCCGUCUGCGCCCCCCCACCCACCGCCUCUGCUGCACUGCUCCGCCGUUGUGUACCGGCACCAGCACCGCAGCGCUUCGCAGCCCUCUUGACGGCCCACCACCACAGCCACAGCCACAACGACGACGACGACGACGACGACGACGACGACCACCCCCACCUCCACCACCGCGGCCACCACGACGCCCUCGGUGCAUCUGACACAGCGCCGACGUCUGCUCGUCGCGGGCGAAACACGCCCGGUCGUUCUCGCUUCGCCGCAGACAGGGGAGCCGUAGCAGCGCCCGCCUAG